AUGAACAAACCAUCAAUAAUACUCGAUCAUCACGUUCCAAACAAUUUCUUGCUUAUUUCCGUUGUUGCGGUUCUUACUUAUGUUCGUUCACAUGUGAAUGUUCCAUUCCAUCUCAUGCAAUUCAAACUGGCCAUGCUUCAUCAAUAUUUACUCGACAAAUUCGUUCAAAUUCAUCACCGGUCAAUUCCUUGGAUAAUUGUCGUGCAAAAGUUUGAACUCUUUCUCGAUUUCAUUCUUUCGACUGAACACUUACGUUCGUACAUUUCCGAACGGCAUCUCAUCGAAGUCAAAACGAAACAAGUCUUCUCUCCUAAACUAAGUCUCUUCGUCUUAUUAUUACCAUUUCUCUUUCCCGUAACACUUGCGACAAAACUUCCAUCACCAUCCAACCUCAAUCUCUAUCUUCUGACUGAUUAUACAUUAACGUUCUCACUCAAUUUAUCUCUACACAAGCCUCACUGGAACGCCGGUUGCUGUUUACAAGUUAAUCAAACGAUGUGCGACGCCAGAUCAUAUUCGUCGAUAUCCAGUCAUAGUAUUUAUGUAUCAAAUGACACAUCAUCCGGGACAUUUCUAUUCGAUGGUGGUAAUCAAGCCAUUGAUCAUCGUCGAUUGUUUCGAGCGGACGAGAUGGCAACUGAUCACGAUUUUCUUAAUAACCAAACAUUAUUUUGCCAACGUUACGAUGAUUUUCGAAGUUUAUCGUCGAAUCAAUUAGCUAAGUUUACAUAUUCGAUUGUUGUUAUUGGUAUUAUCUUUAAUACAUUUGUUUUCCUCGUUCUCAUGUGCGGCUCUCUAAGACGAUCAUCCUCAUUUACGUUAUUUCUCGCAUUAACAUGUUUUGAUCUUUUAAGUUUAGCAUCGAGUAUAUUUGCAUUACUCUUUCGAAACUUUAUGACCUAUUUAAAAGCAUCGCCACCAUUUUGUAAAAUGUUUGGAAUAUUUUUUCUCUAUUUUCGGCAAUGUUCAUCGACAACGUUAUUAUUGAUUGCCAUCGAACGUUGCAUUGUUAUUAAAUAUCCCCUAUGUCGAUAUAUAUUCAAUAAAUUUCGUUUACCAUUUCUCGCAUGUAUGAUGUUACUCUACAUUGUCCCAAUUCCAUUCGAUUUCAUAUUCUAUACAAGCGGUUCCUUACACUGUGAAGCAUUCGAUACGUUACACGCUCAUCGAUAUCAAAUCUUUCGCGGAUUCUUCACAGUUGUCUCAUAUGCAUUGAUCCCGUUCUGUGGAAUAUCCAUAAGUAAUUUAAUCAUCAUCUUUGAAUUGAAAAAUUCCAGUAAACGUUUCAAAAUUAAAGACGAUGAUGGAACAGCGAAGAAUUUCACGACCAAUUUAAUGGAUAAGCGAGGCACAACAGUUAUGCUCUUCGUAGCAUCGUUUGCUUUUCUCCUUCUCCUCGGUCCGUUCUAUAUACACUGGUGCAUAACGUAUCUAUUCUAUAAUUAUCCCCAAUGUCAUUUCACGCGAAAUCUGUACGAGAACGUUCAAGUGUGUAUGGGUGUCUUCCAUCCAUACUUGACAAUUUUCGAGAAAGCUAUGCGAGAAGCGAACCAUGCAGUCAAUUUUCUACUUUAUAUGGCCACAUCCAGACGCUUUCGUUCGGACUUCAAAACGAUAUGCACUCGAUUAUUUUAUUGCACCAUUGGCUCAGCUAUUCUCUUUUUGUAUAAACAUAUAUGUUUUUGUUGUGCGGCACCAUCAUGUCUUGGUACACUCGAACGACGUGUGUCAGAUGCGAAAGAACAAGAUUCGAUGUUAGAUGCCAAUAGAAAGAACCAUGCAGCUUAUAAAACAUCACAUUAUCAUUCAAAUUUUGAACGGCGACGUCAAAAGCAAUUACUUAAGGCAACGUUAGUAAAUAAAACAACAUCAACAGGCUCGACUUUGACUCCGGCCACGUCGUUCAAUGCGUCCCCGACACCUGCGGCUAAAAGUGUUCGAACGUUAACAUGGAAUUUCCAUGAUCCUCUUCUCCGGCCUAAGGAAAAUCAACGUCAAGCUGCGCGUCUUUCGAGACAUUUUUCAACAUCAGAAACUAUUUAA